AUGGCGGCGCAUGAUAGUUCAUCGCGUUCUUCUACUGAUCAGUAUGACAAUCCUUAUUUUCUUCAUAGCUCGGAUCAUGCUAGUAUGGCUUUGAUCUCUGAUAGGUUGAGUACUGGUUCAGAGUUUCAUUCAUGGCGUAGAUAUAAACCAUCUGAUGGUCAUCGUGAUUAUGGAUCUUGGUCGCAUUGUAACGACAUGGUUUCUACUUGGUUGAUGAGCUAUGUAUCCAAGAAGAUUGGCCAGAGUAUCUUAUUCAUUCCCACCGCAAAGGGUGUGUGGAAGAAUAUUAUAUCUCGUUUUAAGCAGGAUGAUGCUCCUCGCAUUUUUGAGAUUGAACAACGAUUAAGCAAUCUGCAACAAGGCUCCAUGGAUAUCAGUGCUUACUACACUGAGCUUGUUACACUAUGGGAGGAAUAUUGUAACUAUGUAGAGCUUCCUGAUGAAAGAACCACUACUAUCAAGCCUACUUCCAAGAAUGAUGGUGUCAUUUUUCAGGCUUCUCAUACUGCUACACCUAUGGAGGAGGUAUCUUAUAAUCCGUUUGCUGGUCAAUCUGAUAACGAAGUUUAUGCUGCGGUUCAGAAUACUUUUAGGCCAAGGUCUUCACGACCGUUAUGUACUCACUAUGGCAUGACUGGUCAUGUAGUCCAGAAGUGUUAUAAACUUCAUGGUUAUCCUCCAGGAUAUAUACCUGGCUAUAAGAUCACUUAUCAGUCUUCCCAGCGACCACAGAGUUAUCCUUCUCAGUCCUUUCAACCAAGAGGACAGUUUCCUCCUCAACAACAGUCUCAUGCGGUUGCCAAUGUUACUACUGGUUCUACUUCUACUGCGGAGGGUAUGCCAUACUUACCUCCACCUGCUUCGAGUGUAGUUAAUCUCGAUGUUAGUCAGAUUACUCCAGAACAAGCUCAAUCUUUGAUUCAACAACUCUCUGUUCGUGCUAAGUCUUCAGAGACUCCGGCCCCUUCCUCAUUUGCUGUGUCUAUCACUGCACAUGGUAUUAUGGCUGAGGAGUCUUCUUCGGGUACAAUCAUUUUCCCUGACACUUUUCCUUCUACUUCUCUUUGUUUCGAACAUAAUACUCUCACUUUUCAACAUCAAUGCUUAUCUUCUCUUUCUACUAAACUUCCUCAUGGUAGUUGGAUAAUAGACACUGGAGCUACUAGUCAUGUUUGUUCGGAUCUUACAAUGUUGAAUGAGACUAUGGAUGUUUCAGGGGUGACAGUCUCUCUACCUGAUGACACCUGGGUGGCUAUUGCACAUUGUGGCACUGUGCAUUUGUCAUCUUCCCUCAUACUGCAUGAUGUUCUUCAUGUUCCUUCUUUUAAGUUUAAUCUCAUUUAUGUUACACUCUUACAACGAAACAACAUGUCUGCUCAUUUCUUUUUUGAUUCAUGUUAUAUACAUGAGUUUAUUCAAGACUUGACGAUUGGUAGAGGUGUUCUUCUGCAUAAUCUUUACAUUUUCAAACCUGCUGCAUCUUCCGACAUUUCACAUUUUGUUGGAUCCUUGCGAGUUGAUGGCACUCUCUGGCACCAACGCCUUGGACACCCAUCUUCUGACAAGUUAAAGAGUUUAUCUGGUAUUUUACAAUUGUCUAAGUCUAGUUUCGAUAAUGAGUCUAUAUGUCCCAUAUGUCUUUUAGCUAAGCAGAAACGUCUAUCCUUUGAGUCUCAUAAUCAUAGGUCUUCCUCUCCAUUUGAUCUUGUCCAUCUAGAUGUUUGGGGUCCAUUUUCUACAUAG